UGUGAUGCUUCAUUUACAUCUGGUUCUCUGACUCAGCACCUGAGGUUACAGGAGUCUCUAGAAGCAGCAGGGAACUCCAGGUUAAAACCCACUGUAGUGAUAGACAGAGAGAGACUUCUUUACUGAAUCAUUCAUUCUGAUUGCCUUAUUGUUCCUUGAGUACACACCAGGAGCAGAAGCUGCAGAAGUCGAGAGACAGAUAACUGACUCUAGAAGUUUUGGUCCAAGCUGAUUUUCUUUUUUUGUGUGCCGCGUUGUUUUUUAUUAUCAUUGAGUGAGCCGCUUGAACUUUUCCAGAAGUUGAGACAGACUUUUAUUUGUGGGAAGCAAGAUACGGUUGGAACACAAGUGAAGUAUUUCAUUGAACUUAUAGGAAGUUGUUGAGUCAGACAUGAAGUGCUGUGUUCACAGUUAGGUACGCUGCCAGUGGUCAGUGACUUUAUUGAGGGCCAGGUUUUGUGGACAAUGUUGCUGGAAACCAUCGCAUCCAGACUCCCUUCUGCAAUGAUCCACCCUCGUCUGCUGCAGGUUUUGGAAAAGAUGGACGUUUUUUCUCCAGUUGACCUAGAAAAUGCCUUAGAAGGGAGCACAGAUAAAGAUAAUAACAACAGCAGUGGCAGCAGCAACAACAACGCCAUUGGUAAAGAUACAGCCAUAACAGCAGCAAGUGAUGCUUCCAUGCACGCCAGUAAACAAUGUAACAAGUUCCACGACACACUGAGUGCACACUCUGGGUGUGGAGAAGGUGCCGAGGGGUCCUCAGAGGAAGAGGAGGAUGUGGUUGUGAACGGGGAACUGUUAAAAGAUGGGACCAACACAAAUGUGGAACAAAACAUUGAAGAGCUCCUGCUGAGCGGGAACACCGCAAUUAUCUACCCAGAGGCUGUGAGUGAUCCUGAAGAUCAAGAUGGCAAAGACGGGCCAGAUACCAACAACAAUGAAGAAGAUUCCAUGGAUGCCCCAGGAAUGGAGGGGGAGUACUGCCUCAACUGUCCAUACUGCGACAAGGGUUUCACUCGCCUUUACAUCCUGCGUGAUCACAUCAAGCUCCAGCACAGCGACAAACUGCACAAGUUCAGUCGUUAUGUCUGCCAGAGGUGCAAUGCAGGCUUCGUGCUUAAGUCACAGCUAGAUAAGCAUUUAGCAUUCCACUCUCCAACAUCCCAAGUCUGCAAGACCUGCCACAAAAUUUUUGCAAACGUUUACCGCCUUCAGCGCCACAUGAUCAGCCACGAUGAGAGUUCUGACCUACGAAAAUUCAAGUGCGGAACCUGUGGUAAAGCAUUCAAAUUCAAGCACCAUCUGAAAGAGCAUGUACGCAUCCACAGCGGAGAGAAACCAUUCCAGUGCCAAAAUUGUGGGAAGCGAUUUAGCCAUUCCGGGUCCUACAGCAGUCACAUGACCUCCAAGAAAUGCUGGGUCAUGAACAUGAGGAUGAAGGGAGGAGAGAAGAGCGAUGGAUCUCAGCCCGAGGAUAACAGUGGACCAGUCAUGAGGUCACCCAAGCCAGAAGUGAACAACACCACGCCAAUGAAGCCCCAAGUGCAUUCCACUUACCCAGAAUUCCCUCGCCAUUUCCUGCCUAUGGACCAGCAACACAACAUGCCCUUACCUCAGAUAGGUCUGAAUGGUACACCACCACAGCUUUUUCCAUAUGGACACUACAUUCCCCCGCCAGGUCACAUGAUCAAUCCCAUGAUGCCUGGUCUUCCACCACAUUCUGCAGCAUUUCCGCCAUUUGGAUUUGCCUUUCCCAAUGGAAUCCCAGGCCUCAAUAUUCCAAUGGUUGGUAAGAAGGACCAUUUCAGCCCUACUCGACCUGAUGACAAGGCCGAACCAGCAAAGCCAGAUAGUGGCGCAGAGCACUCAGAAGAAAAGCCAUUUGCCCCAAAUAUCACCGAUAAGGAAUCUUCGGAAUCUUCUGAAACAAGUCCUAUAAAAGAGAGCAGCACUGAAGAGAAGGCUGAGGAGAGAAUUAAGAGGAUCUUGGAUGCAGUAAAUGCCACUGUGAGAAUACAACAAAAGCAUAAAGAAGAUAAGCAUCAGAUCAGCAAGUUGGUGGAACUGCACCACAAAGAGGUAGAUAGUGAAUCUGAGCUACAAGAAGUAGAGCAGCAAAUUGCAGAAAACAUCAAACCAGAGGCCAUAGAAACAAAAAAUAACUUGUCAGAAGACAUAGAGGUUGAUGUGGAAAGCAAAGUUCCGAUCUCUCAAGGUGACCAGGCUGACAAGAAGAAAAAUGAUGAGAAUCCAGCAGAAGUAGCGCUGCCUGCAAGUCUUCAACCUGUGAAAGACUACAAAGAUCACUCUCAAGAAGAUAGUGCCAAGAUGGAGUUCGAUGAUCAAAAUGAAUACCUCAACUACAAGUGCCGUUUUUGCAAGGAUGAGUUUUCCAGUGCGGUGGACCUGCACCAGCACGAGCGCUACAUGUGCAAGCUAAACGAGGAAGUCCAGAGGGCUGCGUCUUCAGACGGGGACAGCACUAGUGGCUCCUCCACUGGCCGUUCUACUCCACAGCAUGUUGAUACUGAUGAUGAAGCAGAAACACUGCCAGACAAAGGUGACGAGGGCUUGUAUGAUAAAGACGGAAAGAGGUUCAGAGUGCGUUCUAUGAUCAAUGAGGAGCAACUGGCAGUGUUGAAGAAAUACUAUGAAAUCAAUCCAAGACCAAGGAGAUUUGAGUUGGCUAAGAUAGGUAAGGAGAUUGGCUUUCCCAAGAGGGUGAUCCAGGUAUGGUUCCAAAACAUGCGUGCCCGUGAUCGCAAACUAGGAAAAGUUGUUCCAUACUUCCCCAGCAUGGCAAGGUUUCGCCAAGGGGAAUCGCCAUCACCACAGAAGCAAGUUCCAAUGCCGUCUACAACUUCAGUGAUGCCCUUGGCAACAGCACCACCUAGCACUGUCUCCAGUACCUCUGCGCCUUUUAUUCCAAUAGUUCCACAGCCAUUCAGCUUCCAGAGCCACCGUCUACCAAACAUGGCCACCAACAACUUUUUCAUGCAGCAACAUCAUUCCCAGUUUCCAUUCAGGAUGAACAACUUCCUGUCACCCACUUCAACUAUGCACUCAACAACCCCAUUCCCAGUGCCUCGCCCCAUCAGCAGCCACUCGCUUCCUUUGCCAGUGGAUCAAAAUACACCCCUUGACCUCACUGUGAAAAAGGACAACCAUGGAAGUGAGAAAACAACUGCUGGUGUUUUAGAUCUUUCGGGAACCAGAAAGACUCCAGAAAGGCCACAGCAAAGUCUCUCACUGACGCCUGAUCAGAAGAGAAAGGCAGAAGAGGCAGCCAGACUGGAGGAGUCUGUUAUAUAUAAGUACAUGCGGCAGGAAGGACUGCUGCCUAAAAAAGGUCACCAAAGGUCACCAUCUCCUGCACACCAGAGGGCAUUGCCGUCUAUGGUGGCACCUGGACCCUCACCAGCACAUCUCCAGAUACCAGCAUCAGCACCAUCUAUGUUCAAACCUUUGUCCAUCCACCCACACCUCACUCAGGCAGUUGAGGAACGCAUCAAGCAAGACUUCAUCUCCAAGCUAGAGCUACUGCACAUGGCUGCCCAGGUGGCAUCUCCAAUCAAGAUGAGCCAAAGUCCACGUUCCAACUACAGUUCCAAUCUGUCAGAUGCUGGUGGCCAUGUGAGUGACGGAGAUGUGGAUGAUGAUGAUGGUGAUGAUCUCAGACCUGGGAAGAGGAUGAGGAGGAAAUCUUGGAAACAGAUGGAGAUAGAUACUAAUGAUGGUGACAGCAACAUGACAUUGGAUGAGGAGCAGCAGCAACAGCGUAAAAAACGCAAGUCCUGGAAACAGCACAAGAUAGAUGUGGACAACGAGGGCAUGUAUGCAUGUGACCAGUGCGACAAAAUGUUCAGUAAACAGAGCUCACUGGCCAGACACAAGUAUGAACAUUCAGGUGCUCGUCCAUUCACAUGUGAGAUAUGCUCUAAGGCAUUCAAGCACAAGCACCACUUGACAGAGCACAGGCGCCUCCACUCUGGGGAAAAGCCAUUCCAGUGUCGGAAGUGUGGCAAACGUUUCAGCCACUCCGGUUCCUACUCCCAGCAUAUGAACCACCGCUACAAGUACUGCAAGCCAUCCAUGAAGGAAGAUGGCGGCAUGUCGUCUGAUGCUGAAAGCGUGCAGAGUUAAACAGGUUCCUUGUCUUGGAUGAAAGGGAAAAAAUGGAUGAUGUAGGAGUCUUGAAGUCUAGAAAAAUUUCCCUAAAUUGAUUUAGUAUUUUUUGGGAGAUACUAAAAGGGGACCAUCCGUUCUUAAGGAAAUUUGCAAGAAAUUUAUUGAAGUUAUUUCAGAAAGACCAAGCAUGUAAUAGAACAUUCCAUUUACAAGAAUUCCACUGGUAGAUUAAACAAUUCCAUCCAAUGAAAAUCAGUGUGGUUGGUGUUGUCAUGGAAAUGGUUGCCAUGGAAAUGAAGCUACUGCUGUUCACACAGCAUAUUCCAUAUUCAAGGGAUCAAUAAGAUUUGUAUUUUUUGUUCCGAUGUUCUUUAGAUUAUAUAAUGAUAUACUUUCUGAUUGCCUUAUUUUGAUUGUAAAGAAAUGCAGUGUUUGCAGAUAUGGCUUACAGUCUUGAAAUGUGUUAUUUUUGUUGAAUAGAUGAAAAAUGUUGAUGCCCAGGAAUCAAAUACUGAUGUGCAUUUUUUUUCUCUCCAUGAGAAGCAGAUAGUGGGUAUUCAUCUUAAACUGUAGAAAAAGAUAUUGUUUACAAUUUGCAAUUCUUUGCAUUUUAUUUUUAUCUGCUCCUAUAUAUACUCUGUUAUAUCUUGAAGGAAACUUUAUUUUCAUUUACUUUUUGUUCCAUAUGUGGAAUAACUUAUGCUUAGUAAAAGUAGUUGGUAUCGGCUAUGCCAGUCCUGAAGGGUUUGCACUCUUGCCUGAAUAUGAUCAUAUAUUUGUACAUAUGGAUGUAUACAUUCUGUGUUGUCGUAGGUGUAGAUAGGUUACUUUACUGUAGUGUUUUUGCAAAGUAACCUGAAAAAUAUUCCCAUCCAUAAUAGUAGUUAAGGUAGUGUGAUUUGUGUUGUUUUUAUUUUGUGUGGAGCAAUAUUGUCUGUUUUAUUUGAAUGUACUGGGUUUCUGUGCAUUUUAAGAUGAGAAAAUUCUAGUCAUGAGUUUUAAGUAUGGUGAACUGUGUACAGUAGUAGCAGUGAUUGUGCACUGAUUGUAUAUGGUAUAUCAAUAUAUCUGCAUGCUGUGUAAAGGAACACGUCUCAUGGGAACGGAAAGUUAUUUGGUAGAUUUGAAUCAAACAUGCAGCUUUUUUUAUCCAGUCAAGGGGGACCUUAUUUUUCAAAGGAAGUCCACAGUAAUUUGCAAUGUUACGAAAUACAAUGCAGAAUUGAAGCUAAUCUGAUCUUGCUCUCUGUCACAUCUGCUCGUUGAUGUGAGCUUAUCUCAGUUUCAUCAGAUUUCUUGUGCCAAAGAAUAGGGAAAGUGCUUCCAAGCAGGUCAGAUCUCACUACUGAUAUUAGUUUUUCAAAGUUCCUUCUAUCUCCUGGCAUAAAUCAGUAUUAAUAUCAUCAUUUUUGGGAUUGUCUUGUGCCAGAUUGCCAUAAUCUACAUUUUUGUAUUGGUUUUAAGGUAUUAUCUUAGUUGUUCGCUCAAAAUGAGUAUGGGUGUUUUUUAUUCCAAAGAAUUUCCACUAAAGACAGCUUCUGGGGCUGAUGAAAAAUUGCUUUACCUUGGAUGUGCCAAAAUUGUUAAGAAAUAAUGGAUUAUUACACAGUAUUAUUGAAUUAUAAGUCUUCCAAUUGAUCUCCUUUGAUACUGCCAAAGGUGAACGUCUGGAUUCCCUUUAGUCCUCUCUGCAGUGCUCAAAUUAGAAUUUUGUAUUGUAGUGCAGUGACUCAUUAAGUUAUUGCAACUUCCUUGAAAAAAAAUGUCCAAAUGAAGGGAAAUGGCUGCCAUAUUUGAACCAGUCGAUCGAAUCCUAAUCCUUGUUUCCCCAGCUAUGUCAAGUGGCCAAAGUUGUACAUAGAUUGUAGUGCAUGUAAAUUUAAGAUGCAUGCUAUAUGUAGCAGGUUAUUUAUAAUAAUGGUUGUAUUAUUUGUCAGGGGUUAAUGAGAACCUUAACCAGUGGUGGUUUCUCUACUAAAGUUCCCUCUGUCUCUGAGUCAGUGUCAUAUGUGCCAAAACUGUAUAAAGUUCUAGUCCAGGAUUAGUUGGAACAUUAGCUAUAUUAUUAUUAUUAUAUACUCAUAUAUAGUGCACUCAGAUAGUAAUUGUCUAGUAUAUAUAUAUCAGGCAUAAUAUUAAUCAAUCUUAAGAGGGGUCAUGGUGUACUCCAGCCCCCCUCCCAGUCAAGAGAUAUGAUCCUCAGUCUUAUGUGCCAAAAGGUGUGUGUAUAGGUGUACUCCCCCACUCCCCACCUCCCAAAUAUAUAUUGUAAAUAUUGUAGAAGAUGUUGGAGACAUCUUUGUGUUCAUUGAUGGAGGACGUUCUGUCUCACUCUUGGUAAUGAGCUUUAAAAUCAAAACAAUGUACAGGAUAGCUUGUGGGUAGUUUAUUUUAUGUUACUUGUAUUCUUUGUAUUUAAUUAGUUUACCG